AUGCCCGCCCCGGCUGGCAGGGUGAUCCUGCUGGCGCUGGCAUCCAGGGCAGCCGUGCUGACCACCAUGGUGCUGUCUGAUUGGGCGUUCUCCGACCUGGACAGCUCCGCCAGGCUGCAGGGCCGGCCCUGCGCCACGGCAACGAUGGAUGCAGGCCCCCCCAGCGGCUCGUCCCCCCUGCUGGGAGUGGCGGUCUGGGACACUGUCUACUUUGCGCGGGUGGCGCGGUGCGGGUACGAGACAGACAAGCUCAACGCCUUCUUCCCGCUGCUGCCCGCCGCCAUGCGCGGCCUGGCGGGCGCCGCAGGCAUGAAAGGCCUGCUGCCCGAUGAGGCAGCCUAUUUGCUGGCGGGGCUGGUAGUCAACGUCGCGGCCUUCUGCGCCGCGGCACUGUGCCUGCACCGGCUGGGCCUGCGCGUGCUGGGAGCCGGCGGGCGGGCCGCAAAGCGAGGUGCUGGCGGCGCUGCCAGCCGCACCGCUGACCUGGCGCUGCUGCUCUUCUGCUUCAACCCGGCCUCUGUCUUCUACUCGACAGCCUACUCGGAGGCCCUGUUUGCCGCCGCCACCUGGGCCGGCCUCCUGCUGCUGCCCGACCGACACUGGGCAGGCGUGGCGGCGCUGACGGCGGCCGCCGCCGCUCGCUCCAACGGCAUCCUGGCAGCCUGGUUCCCGCUGCACAAGCUGGCGGCGGCCGCGCGGCGGCAGGGACACCUGCCGGCACGCGAGGCUGUGCGGGCGGCCCUCAGCUGCUGCGCCAUCCUGGCGCCCUAUGCCGCCAUGCAAGCCCACGCCUACCUGGCACACUGCACGGUCAGCCCGCCCGGCGGCGAGGGCGGGCCCCCCGCCUGGUGCGCCGCUCGGCCCCCCAGCGUGUAUGCUUUCAUUCAACGAGAGUAUUGGGAUGUGGGCCUGCUGCGCUUCUACCGAGACCCCGCCAGGCUGCCGAUGGUGCUGAUGUCGCUGCCUGUAGCCUGGCUGUCUGUCGGCGGCUGCUGGGCCUACUUUGCGGCCGACUGGUGGCGGGCCCUCACGCUAGGCCUCUACACCCGCCGCCACAAGCCGCCCGCCUGGCUGGCGGCGGCGGAGGGCACGCUGCAGCGCUGGGCCGCCGCAGCCCGGCCGCGCCUGCGCGGCCGCAGCGGCGGCAAGAGGCGAGGCUUGCCGCAGCAGUCGGCGGCGGCCUCUGUUCUGCAGCGCAGCAACGAGGCAGCGCCACUAGUCUACCACUGGGCGCUGAUGACGGCAGUGGCGCUGCUGGCCAUGCACGUCAAUGUGGCCACCCGCUUCCUCUCAGCCUGCCCGCCGCUCUACUGGCACGCGGCAGAGUGGGCGGAAGCGGGCGGCAGCAUCCGUGCCCGACUGCUCUGGCUGUGGUGCCUGUCCUAUAUUGCCCUGGGCUGCCUGCUGUUCCCCAACUUCUACCCCUGGUGCUGA